AUGUCGCGCAACGAAGCGGUCUCGCCGCUGCGCAUCAAUAAGACGCCGACUGCCUCUCCCACAAAGGGCAGCGGCCGUCCACUCUCCGAGAUUGGCCCUACUGAGCAGAGGAGGAACUCCCCCAGCUGGAACCAGUCAACAAAGAAGCCUUACCUCGUCAAGGAAAGCUCACCCUUUAGAGACUCCUCGCCCUUUACCAACAGCCCACGCUUGUUUUGGAAAGAACAGACCGUCUCCCCCAAGAGCCGCUUUGAGUCGUCGGAAAACGAGCAUGAAGGCAGCUCGCCAACCGUGCUCUCCCCCAAGCGCAACUCGAUUGAAAACCUGAAGAAGCAGUCCCGUGUCAAGAAUAGCAACAUGUUUGCCCGUGAGCAAAAGUACGAGUACGAUCCUGCCGCAGUACAGCCACUGGACCGGCCCCUCGCAACCGGACGGCCUCUGAGCACUGCCAUUCAGGGCAAUGCCUAUGGUGGAAACGGUCUCAAUGGCCUAAGGCUUGAGACCGAGGGCGCCUUGGCUCACCGCCACCGCGAGAGCCUGAGCAAGAUUCCCACCCUCAGCCCCUCCAAACAAUCUCCAACAAAGCCUCACUUGUCCUCUCCAUUCUCUUCACCCUCCAAGGAUAAGCCUUCGCCACCCGAUGCCCGAGCUUCUCCGACCAAAUCUUCCCUCGUUAGCAACGGACGCUUCAAUUCGCCCCACUACAACCCUGACGAGAGCGUCCUGACGGAUGACGACGAGCUAAAGCAUCAGACACCGCGCCCAUUGCGCCGUCAUGCUAAGAGUGUGACUUUCGACACGGCUCCACCCCUGGUCACCGAGUUCGAAAUGGUCACACCCGAUCCUUCUGUCGCUUCAGUCUCCCGAGAAGGCAGCUACGAGUCGGAAACAGAGACGGAGGAUGAGAUGAGCUUUGAUCAAGACGACAGCUUUGAUGCUUCGCUUGAGGACACCGACAAGACACCCGUUGUUUUGCCAGAGGAUUGGCGACACAUGAGCCCCGAUGCUGCAAACACCUCGUUGACAGAUGAAUACGACGACGUCUUUGACCAGCCCGAGAGCAGCCCUGCGCCAAGUGCGCGUACCAAUGGCGCAGUGGGUGAUGCUCGUCGAGGCUCCACCCAGUCUGAUGGUGAAUCCAGGCCUCUACCACCUCUUCCUGGUGUGCAGUUGCCCGAGCGACGACGCGAUUCUAGCAUUGGACUCUCGGCGGCAGCUGAGCGCGUAAGUGACGCUCGCAGAAAUCUUCCUCCGCCACCCAAGGCCGCAGGCAUCUCCAAGGCCGACUUGCUCAACUUUCGUGAAAGCUCCAUGUCGCUGGAAGAUCGAUUACGACUAAUGAAUUUUGACGACAAUCGUACCAACACCAGUACGCCUACACAAGAGACGCAUGAUCAGAAAAAGGUAGAGGAGGGCGUAGAGGUCCACGUCGAUGAGAUCGAGGUUACGGAAACCGAGGUUGCAGUCGAUGAGCAAAAGACCCCACGCAUCUCCAGAGAAUCCAUUCUUCGAAGGGUCAAGAGCCGCACCUUUGACGAAUAUGAGGAAGGUGACAGCUACGAGUACGAUGCAGAGUAUAGUCCAGAACGCAGCUAUGGUGACCUUGCCGAUUUGGACCCCGAUGUUGCCAUUCCUUCUCGAGAGGCAUCGUCCAAUUUCGAUGAGGUUCCCGGACAGCUCUCUGCUGUGCCUGAGAGCGAGGCUGACAGCGUCCUUGAUGCGUAUAGCUAUGGCGACGUGACCGACGUGGAUGGUGUUGACAUGGGGGAAGCCGAUGCCACGGAACUGUCCGUGCUCGACGAAUAUGAGCGUGAGUCUUCGGUCAUUCGUCAUCCUGUAAAACAGGAACUAGUAGAUGAUGACGAAAGUCGGUACUCUACAUCGCCAUCUCCACACCCUGAGGAGCAGCCUACCUCCCAGAGCACCAUUGACUCGUCUGGUCCACCCACCCCCACUCCCGCAAGCACGUCUCCCGCUCCAGAGGAAAAACCUGCUCGUGAGGAUGAGCUCUUUUCGUCUUUUGAUGCCAAGCAAGACGUGGAUCUGGACGUGGACCCCGUCAAGUGUUCCUUGACAACCGCCCCAAGCCCAAUGGAUACGGCACCCAGAAUAGAUGCGAUGCGCGACUUCCUACGCCGUCCAGCUACACCCGAACAAGAUUCUGUCCAUGAUCCCGAAGCUGAUGAGGAACCUGGAACACCUGACUCUGUGAUUCGUCACCCAGUGGCCAUGUCCCCGCCACCCCAGGAAGACUCUCCAGAGAUUCCACAACGUGAAGCCACCAUUCGGGGCGCAGGUGGCAAGCUAAAGACCCGACCAUCACUGAUACCAGAUGAGGUUGACAUGGCAGCCACUCGUCGCAUAGUGAGCGGCACCCAUGCUCCACCCGUUCCCGAACGAAGCCCCAAGCGCCAGUCGCUUGUGCUCGAGAUGGGUCAUGUAGAAGAUGAGGAUUCCCAAAUUAGCAUCUCCAACAAGGAGAACCGUAUGCUUGACCUUAGCCUUGGUGAUUUGAACCUUGGAGAAGAGUCGCACGAUCUCAGCUUUGGUCUAGAUCGAGAGUUUGAUCACAUUAUUGCAACGCAAAAGGUACCUGACCUUUUUCCUUUACCCUCGUUUGCCCGUUUCUCCAUGUCCAAGGCUACGGUACAUGAUCCGCAAAGCCAGAUUUCCAAUACAGGAUUUCUCUAUGCACAGACUGUCGCUAACGAACGCCCCCGCGAACAGAAGGGAUACCUAAUGCGCGAGAAUACUAAGAUGGUAGUCGCCAGCAGUCGCCAUUUUAGCGACGAGAAGCGUCCCAUGAGUGCUGAUGGUGUGAUUGAAAACACGAGCAAGGCAAAUCAACGCAAGUCGAGCGCAGAGCGCAAGCCUGCUUGGACCAAAGAACCGUGGAAUGGCAAGCCCCGUCGAAAGAGCAUUCGAACGGCGUCUGGUCGCCGUACGCGUACGUCACUGGACCCUGCGCCUCCUCUGCCUGGCCAAGACUCUGCAGUGGCUGCCGGUCUAGACUCUGUUGCCGAGCAAGGCGACGAGGAGUUUGAGGAUGGCGAGGAAAGAGGAAGGGUUUUUGUAAAGGUCGUAGGUGUUAAGGACCUCGACUUGCCAUUGCCAAAGAACGAACGCACUCAAUUUCAACUUACACUGGAUAAUGGACUACAUUGCGUGACAACUGCGUGGCUGGAACUCGGAAAGUCUGCUCCCAUUGGGCAGGAGUUUGAGCUAGUCGUUUUGGAUGACCUCGAGUUCCAGCUCACUCUCCAGACCAAGCUUGAACCUCCGCCAGUGCCACAGAUUACAGCUGCACCUGUCAAGGCUGUGAAUCACAAAAAGUCCCAGUCUGCUUUCCGCAACCUUUUGUCUUCGCCCAAAAAGCGCCGGGAGCAGGAGCGCAAGGCACAGGAAGAGGCUGAACGCCUUGCCCUUCAGGAGCAACAAGAGGCCCAGGCUGCUUUGAAACGCAAUCAGCAAGCCACCGCUUGGGACCUUUUGCACGACUUGGUUGGAGAAGAUGGGUCUUUUGGUCGCGCAUACGUGUGCCUAAACAACUAUGAGGCUCAAGCCUAUGGUCGCCCAUAUACUGUGGAUGUUCCUUGCUUCAACGAAUGGGCUGUAGACAACAGUUCAAGCAGUGUCAAGAGUAAGCGUGGUGGAGUUGUCCGAAGGCCGCCUUACCGAGUUGGAAAGCUUACUCUGCAACUGCUCUACGUACCUAAGCCAAAGGGUGCUACGGAUGAGGAUAUGCCAAAGAGCAUGAACGCUUGCAUCCGCGAGCUCAAGGCUGCCGAGCAAAUCAAGGACAUAUCAUUCGAGGGCAUCUUGAGCCAACAAGGUGGUGACUGUCCAUAUUGGCGACGGAGGUUUUUCCGCCUUGACGGCACGAAACUCACCGCAUACCAUGAAUCGACACGACAGCCACGCGCCACCAUCAACCUCGCGAAAGCUUCAAAGCUACUUGACGAUAAGAGUGCCCUCCAGCAACCGUCAGCCACCAAAGCUGGUGGUCGCCGCAAGUCGGGCUUUGCGGAAGACGAGGAAGGCUACAUGUUUGUGGAAGAAGGCUUCCGAAUCCGAUUUGCCAAUGGGGAGGUGAUUGACUUCUACGCUGACAGCCGCGAGCAAAAGGAGGCUUGGAUGAAGGUUCUCACCGAGACUGUAGGCAAGGAUCUUGCCACCAACAAAGGCUGGGCUGCCAUGGUCUUAGACAAAGAGCGCAAGGAAAAGGCUGCGCGAUCACAGCCUGGUGCCCCAGCUCCACCUGCCAAGCCACUGCAGGAAACUGGCAAUACCAGACGACCGAGCCACCAACGCACUCAGUCCGAUACUGCUUCCUACAACAAGUCAGUUCCUUGUAGUCCUGUCAAGGGCUAUGCACGAACACAAUCCAACGCGCCAACACCUCCAGCAAAGGACGUGCGCUUCUCACAAGCGCCUCUUCCACGACCUCGGGAGACUGGCAGUUCAGGCCGUAGGGAGCAGGUUCGGUCGAUGAUUUUUUAG